AUGGGGUGGGUAAGAAGGACCAAUUUCAUUGCCAAACUGAUAAAGAGGAUGCAAUUGGAUGUUGAGCUGUUUGAGAAAAGUCCUAAAAGAGUAGGCCGUUCCGAAAAACAUGGUGAGGUGGCAGAGGCAUUUGCAAUGUGCACUCCGUCGAAUUCGAUGAAGACUGGAACACAAUUAUCCUCUUAUUUUCUAUGUGAAGUUGAAGUUGAAGUUAAAUUUGAAUUUGGUAUUGGGGAAGCGAACUGCCUGGUAUUCAGAGAUUGUGGAAGCCACCUUCUGCUAGCAUCUCAUCGCCUUUAUAUCAGUAUUUCCAGCAAUUGGAAAUUACUAGCAGGUUCUUCUGAAGAGACACCCAUUUCAUCACCAUUAACUCCUGUUUUGGCAAUAGAUAUUGGAAAGAAUGAAGAGAAGAAAGGUGUUGCUAAUCGCACAAAAGUUCAGGCGGUUUUAAAGAAAAUAAAACAGAGUCCUAAGAAGGUCAACUUGGUUGCUGCACUAAUUCGUGGUAUGCGUGUCGAAGAUGCAUUAUUGCAGUUGCAGGUGACAGUAAAGCGUGCUGCUAAAACAGUCUACCAGGUUAUUCACUCAGCUCGAGCAGAUGCUACCCAUAAUCAUGGAUUGGAUCCUGACUGUCUGCUAGUUCCUGAGGCAUUUAUUGGAAAGGGAAUGUUUCUGAAAAGAGUGUCGUUCCAUGGGAAAGGACGGUCCAGCAUUAAAGAGAGACCGGAAUGCCGACUAACGGUGGUAGUGAGGGAGAUGACAGCGGAAGAGGAGGCUGAGAUAGCCGACAGACUGAGAGUAAGCAAGUUUCGCAAGCUUACUAAGCGAGAAAGACGACUUGUACCCCAUAAGCUUAUUGAAACCACUCCUAUUUGGAACCGCAAAGGUAAAGCCAGCAGCCAGCCAGCCUUGAACCAAAUGGCUUGACUCCAUGAGAUUUCUUCCCCCAUGUGUGUUUUUGUUUUUUUUUCAUUUCAGCAGAUGGUUUUUAAUUUAAGUAACAAAAGGCAUCGUCGAAAUGUAGAAUUUAAUCAUUUUCAGUGGCUGGAUAGAUUUUGGGGAUCUUUUUACCAUUCAUUUAGAGUCAAAAGCUGCUUUUCAUUAGUAUAUGAAGCUAAGAUUUAGAACUAACGUGCCAUGGGUACUUGUAAGUCGGAUAUACAAAUUUAUUGAUUUUUUAUUACUAUUUAAUUUCUAAUAAACCAAUCGAAUAUUUUCAUGCCUCGAAA